AUGGAACAGUCAUUGGAUAUUAUCUUUGAUCUAUGCUUUGGAUCAUCUGGAAAAGGACUCAUUGGUGGAUACUUGGCUACAAAAAAUAAAUAUCAUUUUGCCAUUGAAAGCUAUGGGGUACAAGCAGGCCAUACUGUUAUAAAAGAGGAUGGCACGAGAUAUAUUGUACAACAAUUACCACAGGCUUUAAUCAAUAACGAUACACGAUUGUAUAUUGGCGCUGGAGCUGUCAUUGAUCUAGAACAGCUUCAGAAUGAAGUGGAUCAAUAUCUUGGAGGAAAAGAAUCUGCAAAAAAUCGGCUUUUCAUUCAUCCAAGAGCAUCAGUAAUUCAGCAGCGACAUCGUGAUUGGGAAAAAGAGAUAAUACGAUCCGGUAGUACAUUUAAAGGUGUUGGUGCAGCCAGUGCUUUCAAAGUCAUGCGACAUCCCGAUCAUAAAUUAAUGCGUGAUAUCCCGGAAUGGUCCGAUUUCAUGGCCGAUACAGCUGAAAUGGCAUGCGACGAUUUACGACAAGGCAAAGCAGGCAUCUUAGAAGUAGCACAAGGUUUUGAAUUGGGUAUUAACCAUGGCUUACAAUAUCCAAAUUGUACAAGCAGAGAAUGCUCACCAAUGCAAGGGUUAUCAGAUAAUGGUAUUCCCAUAAAAUUCGUUCGAAACAUCUAUGGUGUCAUUCGAACAUAUCCGAUUCGUAUUUCAAACGAAAUGGCUAAGGAGGAUGGCGGUCAAGCAUAUUCUGGCGAUGGUGGAAUAGAACUCACAUGGGAAGAAGUAGAAAAACGGAGUGGUGCACAUCCAGGCACAUUUUCUUCGAAAGAAUAUUCCACGGUUACAAAAAAGCUUCGACGUGUGUUCGAAUUAGAUAUAAACCGAAUCAAACGUGCAGUCAAAUUGACGGGUGUUACAAAAUUGGCUGUCAAUUUCAUACAGUACAUAAAUUAUCAAGAUGCUGGCAUUACCGAAUACGACAAGCUCUCUGAUAAAUCCAAAACGUUCAUCGAAAUGGUCGAAAAAGCAACAUGUGUUCCAGUAAUAUUGAUUGGCACAGGUGCAAGAAAUGAUCAAGUCAUAGAUAGAACAAUUUGA